AUGCCCAGUAUGGCCGAUUCUACCUCUUCUCCGUCCUAUGGUUGUUCCAGUCAACCACUGUCUCCUGAAAUGCAGAAUAAUCGUAAACGCAAACAGCUACAAUACCCCACUUCAGUCGAUAAUUCGCCUUAUAUGAACAUCCCGUACCCCCCCGCCCAAUGGUCAACAGACCCCUAUGCUACCCAUUCCUCCAUCGGAUACACCACUGAAAAACCUGAUAUGAUGUCCUGGCCAUCAACCCAAUUCGACCCUCGUUCUACCUCCACCUCAACUCCAGAAAGCAGAGUUCGUCAACCAUCCUCAACAUCUUCUGCCACAGUAGACAUCGACGACCUUUUUGAUCAAAUUGACCCAACCCUCAUUCCAGGAACAUCCUCAAAUCCUGCCCGCUCAUUCUAUGUCUAUGAUCAAGACCAACCCCCCACAGAUCAACAAUCGGCCUCAAUCAUCUCAUCGCAACCACAGGCCUGCCAAUCGUUUGACUUCAUCACUUCAUCGUAUGCUUAUUCUGGACAGUCACUCCAAGACGUCCCACUCGAUAUCCACUCCUUCCCACUUCGCGAAUCCCCUCAGGUGCCCUCCCAGCUCGGCUCAGAACCAAACCAGAACACCAGAUACAGGCAAUCCGACCUUCAGCUCCACGACCUUCAUACUGUCCAUCGACGCAACCAGCAACAAUUGAUUCAGUCCUGGGUUGGUGCAACAUACUCAGCUCCCCAACAGGUAUCUCCGAAUCACUCCCCAGCCGGCUCAAAUCCAGCCUUUUCUCCCGUUACUCCCGCCUUCUUCUCUCCCAGUUUCCUCGACUCUCUUCAGGGCGAUGGCCAUAGCUCACCCAGGCAGCUCACGUUGGACCAGUCGUACUCCCAGCCUGUCUCAACCGGUCUUGACACUCGACCCUUGGACUGGAAUUCUGAUUAUAAUUCCACUCAAGCUGAUCAAAGACUUAACAUGGUUGCCCAGACAAGAGAUAUGCUCUCACCACCUGCAUCACCUCCACACUCGUCAAAUUCGUCGACAAAUUCGUCUCCUCCAAUUACUCCCAUGUAUGGUCGUUUGUCAAACCUCUCGAUUCGCUCCACACCGGUUUCUGUUUCUGUUUCGGCUCCUGGUCAAAUCCCAUUCAACGGGCAUCACUACUACGAUAAUUCGGCCACUACUACUAUCCCAACAAACAUGACUGGCGGACAUCCGAUGCUAGUCGUAGCCACAGCAGCCCAUCCACCAACCAUUCCAGAAGCGGCGAGUGAAGAAGACGAAACUCGACUAACCUCGGGUCCUAUUUCCUCUCCACACCGAAACCACCCAAACGUUAUUAUUGAUCGUCGUUCAGUCAAGACCAAUCGACAGAUGAUUCAAGCCUUUCAAGCCGCAACCUUUCGACCUCACAUUCAGAAAUAUCUCAGGAGCCCAGACCCAAUGUCGGUUGGUGAACGUACAGUUGUUAUACUCACUUCCAAAGUGGCACAAAAGAGUUAUGGUACCGAAAAGAGAUUUCUGUGUCCCCCGCCCACUGCCAUUCUGGUGGGUACUACUUGGUGGACUCCCAAAAAGGAUGCAACGUUAGACGAUGGCCAUGUCUCGGACGAUGCCCAAAGUCAACCACCUGACCCAUUUCUCAUCGACAAUGAACGCGUCCUGGCACCCCCAAGACUGACGGUCUGCAUUUCCGGAGAGGCAUCAAGCCAGGCUGGACACAUCGAAUGGUACACUGUCUCGGGUGUGACGGUCGGCCAGACUGGACAUGUUAAGGCAGCCCAACCUUCUUCCUCGUCUUCGUCUUCUUCUCCUUCUGGAAACGGCACCACCAGUGGCACCAGUGCUCAACAAGAAGGUCUGCAUCCCAAUAGAUUCAGAAGUGCAGAAUCAAGAAACAAUAACUUUGAUUGGUACCACAACCAUCACCAGGAACCCUUGGCUGCCGGAAAGAAUGUCUCGAAACAUCUGUUUAUCAAUGAUGCCGACGAAAAACGGAAAAGGGUCGAAUGUCUGGUCAAGAUUCAGUUGGCCAAUGGUCUGAUGCUUGGGACACUUGCCAGUAAAGGAAUCAAGGUCAUUAGCAAACCAAGCAAGAAAAGGCAGAGUGUUAAAAACAUGGAGCUCUGUAUUCAUCAUGGCACAACUGUAUCUCUGUUUAACCGAAUCCGCUCUCAGACCGUCUCUACCAAAUACCUUGGCGUGUCUUCUUCUUCAGCUCAGGGCUCGCCUUAUGCUUUUCCGGGUCAUGCUCAACCAAAGACCCAGGCAAGCGAUGUCAAUGACGGUACCUGUUUUGUAGCCCGAACUACUUGCUGGGAUCCCUUUGUGGUCUGGGUGGUGGACACUACGCGCACUCCGGGCGACGGUAAAGAAAGUGACACACCCGAAGAUUACAUUGGUCGCAAUGUGUACACCCCCAGCGUGCCUUACCCUCCGCCACCCGCGAUUGCUUUGAAGAACAAGACAAACCAGCUAGUCCCGAUUCUCUACAACCAGCACAUUGUUCUGCAGUGCCUUACAACCGGUCUUGUUAGCCCGGUUAUGAUCAUACGCAAGGUAGACAAGGCAUCUACUGUUGUAGGUGGCGCUCGUUCUGUCGAUGACCCUCACAUUUCUGGAGGUGGUGAGUAUGGCGAUGAAGUAUUCGGAGACCCUGUUUCCCAACUCCACAAGAUUGCCCUUCAGAUCGUCCAAGACCCUUCAAAUGCAGUACACGCCCAUCAUGCUGCAAUGCGCCAGCAAACCCAAUCCCAAAAUGGAGACUACGAUAUGAACUACAGCAAUUCUGGUGUAUUUUCACCUACGCAUCUACCCACACCAGCACCAGCACCAGCACCAGUACCUCAAUUGCAAGAAAAAAUGAUGCCACGCUCCAACCAGCCUGUCACUUACUUGGCAUGUCUGAAUGAUAUGGUUGGAAUGCACAAGACUGUGGAUCCCAGACGACCUUUAGCGACCAUAUCACAGCAGACAGCAGCAGAGGCAGCCGCGACCGGAGCAUACUUUCUGAAAGAGGAGACGAUGAAUAAUUACAAUACGAUCGAUAGUUCGGUUCCUUCGCAGCAAGAAGGUGGGAAAGUAGUCCGUAAGCGACGAGUGUCGACUGAUGUUCUUGAAAGACACCUUAAUUCCGGUUUGAACAACUACAAUUUAAAUAUGAGUAUGAGUAUGAAUAUGAAUAUGAAUAUGAACGGAAUACCGCCCAGUAAACUCGUUAGUUCAAUGUCGCUCACCAACCUCAAGGAAAGAAAUCAGGGCGAGAUACUUGAUCCUAGUCUUCGCCGACGCGUCAAUAGUAUGAACGAUGAUAUUGAGGCAUACUACGGAAGCCGUGCAAAUGGCGGAAGUGCAGCAUCGCAUAUUCUCAUGAAUCGUGGCCGAUCAGGGUCGACGCAUUCUCUGGAGAACAGUAAGCGAAAGCCAAGCAUGAGUGCCAGUAGUAGCUCUAGCUCGACUAGCACCGGCAGCCGUCGUAUGUCAGCUGUGAGUGUGAAUGCUGGUAGCCCUAACCAUGGACUUGGUUCAUAUUGGAGUGAGGAUGUUUCUGACGCAGCAGUUUGGACAAUUGUAGGAACAGAUUGUGCUGUAUAUACAUUCUGGACACCUCCUGUGGACGACACACGGCCACAGUUGAGCGUAAAUACAACAAUGUUCCCUACCUUGUUGAACUACACUCUCAAUAUGUCGCCUAGUGUGGCCUACCAGACGCAGCAAAGCACAGGUCUCGACCGACGCCUUCAAUCGACAGGAGAAGAAUACCCUGAUUCAAAUGAACAAUUGAUGUCCUUGCACGGCGAGUCCUUUUCGCGUGAUUUGCAGGUGUGGUUUGGAGACAUCAAGGCGCUUGAUUCGGAUUACCGUAGCCGAGAAUUGUUUGUAUGCAGGUUACCUACGCGUCAGAACCUCUUGGAGGGAGUAGGACUCGAGACAGUUGGCUUUGACAAUACGACACAUGCUCCUAUCUACAGUCUACCGAUUCUAUUGGUCCGAGGAGAUGGCACUGUUUACAAGACCAACAAGACCUACAAAUUCCAGGAAAAAAAAUGGGGGGGUAAGAAGAAGGAGGAGCCAUAUUCUGAAUAG